AUGCUCGAGGCCGCCAAACGCCUCCUGCUUACGCCCUCCGGCGGCCGCUUCUCCGUCAUAAUCCUCCUAAUCAACCCGCCGCCGGAAUUUGCCUGUUCCUUCAUUCGCUCUCUCGCCUCCUCCGGACUCGACCUCACAUUCCACGACAUCCCACCGAGCGAACCCCGACUCGUCCAAGGCCCCCCUGACAUCACCUCCUUCUACGCCGACAGCCGCGCCGCCGUCCCCGCGGCCAUCUCUGACCUCCUUUCCUCUGUUCCGGUCGCCGAGCUAGUCUUCGACUUCUUCGCCGCCUUGCUCGCGCUCUUCCUUCACCUCCCUGCGCUCGAUGAGAAGUUCCCAGGCGUGGACUUCGAGGAGAUGGUGCAGGACGUGGUGGUUCCUGGAGUCUUCCCUAUCCCGCCGCAGUGCAUGCUUACGCCGCUCAUGGACAAGAAGGGUAGGGGAUACUCUUGCAUCAUCGACAACGCCCGGAGGUACCAUGAAGCGAGAGGGAUUCUGGUGAACACGGUCGAGGAGCUCGAACUGGCUCCUCUGGCGGCCAUUCGGGCAGGGCUCUGUCUUCCUGGCGGCGCCGUCACGCAGCCGGUGCACCCGGUCGGACCGAUCAUCGCUGGGUGCGACGAAGAAGCGGGUGAGAAGAGCGUGCGGGGCCUGGACGUGCGGCUGGCGAGGGAGGCCGCAGUCGGGGUGGGUAUCACAGAAGGCGGUGCUGGCGCACCCGGAGGUGGCGGAUUCGUGUCGCACUGUGGGUGGAACUCAUGCGUCGAGAGCAUGUGGUACGGCGUGAUGGUCCUCCCGUGGCCGCACUGCGCGGAGCAGCACAUGAACACGUUCGUGUUGAUGAACGAGCUGGGCGUGGCUAUGGCGAUGAGGGUGGAGAGGGGGGAUAUAUGA